CAUGGCCCAGUUUCGAGGAGCCGAGUGAAGAGAGAGAAGUCACCGUCCCCAUUUCCACUACUGGACUAGCUCGAGCAUUUUUGGAUCAGCAGCCGAGGAACAGAGAAACCGAGUGAAGAGAGAGAAGUCACCGGAGGAGAGGAGAAAUGAACACCGACAUCACAGCGUCGACGAAGCCGGAGUACCCGGUGAUAGAUCGGAACCCGGCGUUCAGCAAGGUCGUCGGCAACUUCAACACUUUGGAUUACCUCCGGUUCACCACCAUCACGGGCAUCUCCGUCACCGUCGGCUACCUAUCAGGGAUUAAGCCAGGGUUGAAGGGCCCAUCAAUGGUGACUGGGGGAUUGAUUGGGUUGCUGGGAGGGUUCAUGUACGCGUACCAGAACUCGGCGGGGCGAAUGAUGGGGUUCUUCCCUAACGAGGGUGAGGUUGCUCGUUACCAGAAGAGUGGUUUCAAGAACUGAAGAGGCUGGGGAAAAUUUUAGAAAUGCAAAUGAAUUCGCUUUUCUGUUCUUCGAUUGCAUUUUGAGUUUGUUUCAUGGUGGGUUUGGUUAGGAUAAUGAUGCUUGUGAAUCGAUUAAUAAUCUUCAAAUUCUGGGAUUCCUGCAAUGUGAAAAAUUUCCUCACUUUCCUCUGUUAGCUUGCAUUGCAAAUGGCCAGUUGUGCUUGAAUUGGCAGCUACUGAAAUGGAAUAUGUCGGUAUGGCUCCUUCUUUGGUUUCUGUAAAUUUUGCUUAGCUUUGGUCAGUUUGAACCAGAAUUCUGAACUCGCCAUUGAUACUGGCAAGUGGCAGCUCGGAUUGUGCUUGUGAGUUGUGUCAUUUUGUGCAUUUCGUAUAAGCAUUCUCAUAGAUGGUUGCAGAAUUGAUUUGCAUCUGGCUUCAGUAUCUGUAUGUUGAAUUAAGGUGCUGUAUUAUUUUAGAGUUAUUCAUGGAUCGUGCUGCACUUUGAUUGCAUUGUGCUUGUAUAAGCAAUGGUGAUAGCCUUUGGCUGCUGUAGAUAAAGAAAGGCAAUGCAGAAUGGUUCAUGCACUUUGCUAUAGUCAUUGUCCUUCUGUUAUUCUUGGUUACUAGUGGAAACAGAAUGGCAGUCUUUUUGGUUAGGAAAGUAGUAGAAACUAGAGAGGCUUUCAUCAAGUAGCUUUUGCUCUAACGAGUUAGCUUACGAGGAUAAGGAGGGGGUUGAAUUUAAGCUGUCCUGAAACCACUCUUUGAUGUUUAUGGUAUCGAGUUAUCGAUUGAGGAAAUCCAUUGUUUUGUGCAUCAACUUCCCUGUGUUGCUUCUUAUUGUAACAGACAUGGAAGGUUGAGCAGAUGGCGGGUUCAUUAUCAAAAGACCUUCCAUCCUCUUUUUCUACCCGUUAUUACUUGUUAGUGCUCCCUUAGAUUGUCUUUGUUCAAGUUGAUGCUUUGGCUCCCUGGUUUAUGACCAACUUUAGGAGAAAUGGGAAUGACAAGUAGGCUUUUAACCAAAUCGAAAGUGAUGUGUUCUUUAUAUUUGGUGUUAGGUCAGCUUUUCUCCUUGUUCUGAAAUGGUAAUAGAUUUGUUUCAAAUUGUAUCAAAUUCAAACUUCCUGUGUCAUCCCUGUUGCAUUUAGCAUACACUCCAAUGUGAAGGGCUCAAGGCUAAUAGUAACGUUACCAAGAAGCCUGUUAAACCUGAGGUGGCGGUUGGGAUCAAUCGGCAGACGGAGCCGGUGAAGAUUUCUCUAAAGGACUGCUUGGCUUGCAGUGGGUGCAUAACAUCAGCAGAGACAGUAAUGCUGGAGAAGCAGAGUUUGGAUGAAUUCCUAUCUAAUCUCGAUAAAGGAAAAGCCAUCAUUGUUUCCCUCUCACCACAGUCCAGAGCUUCUCUUGCUGUUCAUUUCGGCCUCUCUCCACCUCAGGUGUUCAGGAAACUCACUACAUUUUUUAAGUCCUUGGGAGUAAAGGCUGUAUUUGACACAAGUUGCAGCAGAGACUUGGCACUAAUCGAGGCUUGCAAUGAGUUUGUUAGUCGAUAUAAAGAAAGCCUGUUGAGUGAAGCUGAAAAAUCCAAAGUAGCAUUGCCUAUGCUUUCAUCUGCAUGUCCAGGUUGGAUUUGCUAUGCCGAGAAGCAACUAGGAUCUUAUAUUCUCCCUUACGUAUCUUCUGUCAAGAGUCCCCAACAAACAAUGGGAGCAAUCGUUAAGCGUCAUGCAUGCCACAGCAUGGGUCUUAGGCCGGAUGAGAUUUACCAUGUCACCGUCAUGCCCUGUUAUGAUAAGAAGCUCGAGGCAGCAAGGGAUGACUUCACUUUCGAAGUUGAAUCACCGGAACGAACCGAUGACACUGAUACAAUGGUUACAGAGGUAGACUCGGUUUUGACAUCUGGAGAAAUUCUGGAUCUAAUAAAGUUAAAAGCAGUGGAUUUCAAAGCCGUAGAAGAAUCUCCUCUUGAUAGCAUGUUGACAAAUGUUGAUGAACAAGGGCAUCUCUAUGGGGUCGCUGGCAGUUCUGGUGGUUAUGCAGAAACAGUUUUCCGUAAUGCCGCAAAAACCUUGUUUGGAAGAGAAAUCGGAGGACCACUGAACUUCAGAACUAUACGAAACACAGAUUUUCGAGAAGUGUCUCUGGAAGUGGAUGGGAAAACUGUCUUGAAGUUUGCCUUAUGUUAUGGUUUCCAGAACCUGCAAAACAUAGUGAGAAAAGUCAAGAUGGGAAAAUGUGAUUACCAUUUCGUGGAGGUUAUGGCGUGCCCUGCAGGUUGCUUAAAUGGUGGCGGUCAAAUCAAGCCAAACCAGGGGCAGUCUCCAAAAGCUUUGCUUCAAUCGAUUGAAGCCGUUUACAUGGACAAUGUUGUGAAUGCAGAUCCAUACAACAAUCCUCUUGUUCGAGGAUUAUAUGAUGAAUGGCUUGGACAACCUGGUUCGGAGAAAGCCAAGCUAUACAUUCACACAGAAUAUCAUCCCAUCGUUAAGAGCAUAACUGCACAGUUACACAACUGGUAAACCACUUGCUCAAUUUCCGAAUUCAGACCCCUCGGAUGGACAACAGAAAGUAGUCAUCUACACCUGCUCGGUAUCUCUUCCUUCCAUGAUUUAUAUCAAUAGGCGCUGGAAUCUCGGGCAUGAGACAGCCAUAGCUGGUUUUGCUCAUUGGCGAUUCAUUUUAAGGAUGAGAAGGCAUUUGAAGCUCAUUUUUGAUGAGACGACGUCAAAGAGGGUUGCAGAGAGGAAGAAUGAAAGGUUCCAGAGGAACAUAACGAAGAGGGGAUCAGUCUCUGGGUCUUCAUGGAAGAAAAUCUUUGACUACCCUGUUGGCCCAAUUGUGCUUGGAUUCAUCGUCUUUGUUGUAGUUGGAUCAUCUCUGUUUCAGAUAAUCAGGACAGCAACUUCCGGUGGAACAGCGUAAGCAAGCCCGUGCCGUGUGUUGUAGGAGCGCGGAUCCUUUAGCCUAUUUAAUGAGAUGAUACAGUGAAAUGAAACAAUCGAAAUAGCCUUCUCAAACAAUUUCUUGUCCAUUUUUCCUGUGUGUUUGCUAUUUCUAUGAAUCCAUUUAUCAAUUCAUAGUCUCAGGACAUAAUCCUGCACCGAAAAGCUUGUAUCUUUGCAUGCGCUUUGCUAUCUUAACCCUCAAAACAGAAGAUGAUAGAGAUCAUAGUUGAUAUUGCUCCAUUUAUGUAGGCAAAGAUAAAUCUUUUCAGCAUUCAUGUACAACAAGAGCAGCUGGUAGGUACUGGGUAUGGACUAUGGACCUUCUUGUUUUAAGCCACCCAGGUAGUUUCAAAACAAGAUCAAAGAAGAAGAUUGGUCACAGGAAAACAAAGACAAUCAGAAAGCUCUGUGGUGCAGUUGUUGUUUCCCAUAUCUGGGUUUGCUUUCAUCUGAUCUUCUGGCGGCUCUGACUGCAACUGCUGCUACAUUGGGGCUUUUGUAGCGAUCAGAGCUUCUCGACAGCUUCCUGAGAUUGGAACUGAAAGUAGGCUCAUCAGAGACGUGCAUUGUGGUCUCCGGCAAUUGUUCUUCGUAAGAAGAUGAGCAAUCAUAGCCCACCUCAUCGAAUUCCUUGGAAUUGGUCUUGGCAACAUAAGGUGUCAAACAAGGGUUUAGAUCCUUAACGAACAUAUCAUCAUCGGGGCUACCUGGCGUUGUAACGCCACAAGAGCUGAAGUCCUGCACAAAGAUUGGAACGUGUUUAAGGUCGCGAAAAGAACAUUCAUGUUAGUCGUUCAGUUUAGAGUUUAACUGAACCUCUUUAGAGUUGCCAAUGUUCUUCCUUACCAGAGAAUUUGCAGACCCCUCACAAUUGAAUGUGGGCGUCCUGGGCGAGCUGCUCCAGCGAGGCCUCCCAUAUUUCUCAGCCUUCACCUCAGCUAGACCCUCAGCAAGACAUUGCAACUGGCCUGUGAGGGAAGUGACCUGCCUCUGGAGAUUCGGGAUGAGUGUUUUGGCUUGCUUCAACUCUGAACCUUGCUGUUCAAGGAGAUCUUGAAGCUGAGAGUUUGACAAGUCGGGAAACAGUACCGCAUUCUUCAAUGACUUGAUCUCUUCCCUCUGCUUCAAGCACAAGUCCUUCAGCUUAUCCACCUCUCUGUUUCUGGUCUCAAGCAUCGACUUGAGCUGACCAAUCUCUUCCUCCAUGUCCUUAUUAGCACUUAAAAGCUCCCUCUCGCUCCUCAAAACCAUAGCUAGCGUCCUCGUAUUGCCAGCAUAGCCAUUCCCUUUCACCUCCGUCAAAGCCUUCACUUCCUUCUUAUUACUACCCUUCUCUUUCCCAAACAGCUUCUUCUGCAAGCCCACAAGCCCAGCAGCUCCUCUCCUCGCCGCCGGCGUAUUCUUCUUCAAGUCCUCCGCAAUCAAAUCCGCCGGAAUCACCAACCCACCAAUCGCCUUCUUCUUAUUCGACGACGACACGAAAGUGGUCUUCUUCUCCAUGAACUUCUUGACCAUAGCUGUAAGAUUGUGAGUGCCAUUGGGUUUGGAUUUGUUGGGAUUGGAUUUCAGCUGGGAGAGAUCGGAGGGCUUGGAUUUGACCAGAGCUCUGGAUGAGGAGGUAGGAGUAAUGGAAGAAGGAUUGAAUUCGGCUGAGGAAGUGAAUGAAGAAGCGGAAGAGCGGGUGGAGUCGUAGGAGUUGUAGCGGGACGCCAUUAAUGAACAGGGGAAGGGGAAAAGAUGGGAGGGCUUUGAGAUUGGGGGAAGUGAUGGAGAAGAAGAGAGAGUGAGACAGGGGGAGAGGGAAAUUUGGGAAAGUGAUUAAAAUGGGGAGAAAAAAGGAAGCGGCUUCCUUUG